GGCGGCGGCGGUGAAGGCGGAGGCAGAGUCAGAGGCAGCCGCCUUGGCUGCAAUGAAUGAUCCCCCAGCUAGUGGGGAGGACUCCAGGUGAGCCUCUGCCCUCGGGAGGGCCGGGACCCCCGGCCGCCCAGGACCCGCCGCCUCCGCUAUGGAUCCCUAGACGAAGGAGGAGGAGGAGAAGACAGCUCUGCUGCCCACCCCCAUCCCAUUUUCCUCGUCCUUUAUCUCAUUGUUGCCGUCGCUGUUUACCGCAGCGCUCCCUCUGCCCCAGCAUGGGGCGGGCUCCGGGCACUGCCAUUCGGCCGGUAGUGCUCCCGCUGUUCCUGCGGCUGCCCGGGGAUUCUGCGUAAUUCUCCCUCCCCCAGCCGGUGCAGCGAGGACCGGAGAGCAGUGGAGGCCCGGACUGCAGCAGCGGCGGGGCCACCUCCCAGCAUCCCCACCCUAGGAGGCUGCAUGCGGAUUGAAGAGCGGCGCCUGGGGGCUGGGUCAGCCCCGCGGAUCCUGACCUAGGGAGGAGGACAGAAAGACCGCCUAGGCUGCAGAGGGGGGCGGGGGCAGGAAGGGCAGAGCACCAAAAUGGCCAGUAAAACCAAGGCCAGCGAGGCCCUCAAGGUGGUGGCCCGGUGCCGCCCCCUCAACCGGAAGGAGGAGGCUGCUGGUCACGAGCAGAUCCUGACCAUGGAUGUGAAGCUGGGCCAGGUAACCCUGCGAAACCCACGCGCUGCCCCGGGGGAGCUGCCCAAGACCUUCACAUUUGACGCCGUGUAUGACCCCAGCUCCAAACAGGCAGACCUCUAUGAUGAAACUGUGAGGCCCCUGGUAGACUCGGUGCUUCAGGGUUUCAAUGGCACGGUGUUUGCCUACGGCCAGACAGGUACUGGCAAGACCUACACUAUGCAGGGUACCUGGGUGGAGCCCGAGCUCCGUGGGGUCAUCCCCAACACCUUUGAGCACAUCUUCACCCACAUCUCCCGCUCCCAGAACCAGCAGUACCUGGUCCGGGCCUCCUACCUGGAGAUCUACCAGGAGGAGAUUCGAGACCUGCUCUCCAAGGAGCCAGGCAAGAGGCUAGAGCUGAAGGAGAACCCCGAGACGGGUGUCUACAUCAAGGACCUCUCCUCCUUUGUCACCAAGAAUGUCAAGGAGAUUGAGCAUGUGAUGAACCUGGGGAACCAGACGCGAGCAGUGGGCAGCACACACAUGAAUGAGGUCAGCUCCCGCUCCCACGCCAUCUUCGUCAUCACGGUGGAGUGCAGUGAGCGUGGCGCUGAUGGCCAGGACCACAUCCGUGUGGGCAAGCUCAACCUGGUGGACCUGGCUGGCAGCGAGAGGCAGAACAAGGCAGGCCCCAACACAGCUGGAGGGACAGCCACACAGUCCUCAGGGGGUGGUGGUGGCGGUGGAGGCAGUGGUGGUGGUGGAGAGAGGCCUAAGGAAGCCUCCAAGAUCAACCUGUCACUGUCUGCCCUGGGCAACGUGAUUGCUGCUCUGGCUGGCAAUAGGAGCACACACAUCCCCUACAGGGACUCCAAGCUCACCCGACUGCUCCAGGACUCUCUGGGGGGGAAUGCUAAGACCAUCAUGGUGGCCACACUAGGGCCAGCUUCUCACAGCUAUGACGAGAGCCUUUCCACCCUGCGCUUUGCCAACCGAGCCAAGAACAUCAAGAACAAGCCUCGAGUGAAUGAGGACCCCAAGGACACGCUGCUGCGGGAGUUCCAGGAGGAGAUUGCCCGCCUGAAGGCCCAGCUGGAGAAGAAGGGCAUGCUGGGGAAGCGGCCCCGGAGGAAGAGCAGCCGCAGGAAGAAGGCCGUGUCAGCCCCAGCGGGGUACCCUGAGGGGCCAGUGAUCGAGGCCUGGGUGGCCGAAGAGGAGGAUGACAACAACAACAACCACCGCCCGCCCCAGCCCAUCCUGGAGUCAGCCUUGGAGAAGAACAUGGAGAAUUACCUGCAGGAGCAGAAAGAGAGGCUGGAGGAGGAGAAGGCGGCCAUCCAGGACGACCGCAGCCUGGUGAGCGAGGAGAAGCAGAAGCUGCUGGAGGAGAAGGAGAAGAUGCUGGAGGACCUGUGGCGGGAGCAGCAGGCCACAGAGCUGCUUGCUGCCAAGUACAAGGCCAUGGAGAGCAAGCUGCUCAUCGGGGGCAGAAACAUCAUGGAUCAUACCAAUGAGCAGCAGAAGAUGCUGGAACUGAAGAGGCAGGAGAUCGCCGAGCAGAAACGCCGUGAGCGGGAAAUGCAGCAGGAGAUGAUGCUCCGAGAUGAGGAGACCAUGGAGCUCCGGGGCACCUACACAUCCCUGCAGCAGGAGGUGGAGGUCAAAACCAAGAAACUCAAGAAGCUCUACGCCAAGCUGCAGGCGGUGAAGGCGGAGAUCCAGGACCAGCAUGACGAGUACAUCCGUGUGCGGCAGGACCUGGAAGAGGCGCAGAAUGAGCAGACCCGGGAACUCAAACUCAAGUACCUAAUCAUUGAGAAUUUUAUCCCCCCUGAGGAGAAGAACAAGAUCAUGAACCGGCUUUUCCUGGACUGUGAGGAGGAGCAGUGGAAAUUCCAGCCACUUGUGCCAGCUGGAGUUAACAGCCAAAUGAAGAAGCGGCCAACUUCUGCAGUGGGCUACAAGAGGCCUAUCAGCCAGUAUGCUCGGGUUGCCAUGGCAAUGGGGUCCCACCCCAGAUACAGGGCUGAAAACAUAAUGUUUUUGGAGUUGGACGUGUCCCCUCCAGCUGUCUUCGAGAUGGAAUUCUCUCAUGACCAAGAACAAGACCCCCGUGCACUACAUAUGGAGAGGCUCAUGCGGUUGGACAGCUUUCUCGAAAGACCUUCCACCUCUAAAGUCCGAAAGUCCAGAUCCUGGUGUCAGAGUUCUCAGCGGCCUCCAUCCUCUACCACACAUGCCUCGCUGGCCUCCGCUUCUCUGCACCCCACGACAGUACUAGAACACGAGUGACAACCUUCCUGGUCAGGCUGCCCAUCCAACAGACUCUAGGGACGGGGCAGUCAACCCUGGAUCAUCUCAUCUGCCACUUGGUGUGUGUGUGUGUGUGUGUGUGUGCAUGUGUAUGUGUGUGUAUGUGUGAAGGGGUGAGAAUCAGGCAGACAGUGCCUCUGUCUGCUCUUCUUAGCCUCCUUUAUUUAAUUCAUGUUAUUUAUUCAUGGAGCUCAGUUAGUAUGGGGGAGAUGCCCUCACCUGAGCUGUCUGGGCCUACAGUGGUCACUGCGUAGCCUCAUUUUCUUCUGACUUUGGACCCUCAGUCAGACUUCAAGCUCCUCCCCGUUUCAGCUGCCCCAGAAGUGAAGGUGGCCAGUGCCUGAGAAGAGAGUAUGUCUUCUACCUGUCCUACUCCACAAUUUCCAUCUCCUUCUACACUGACAGUGAGCAGGUCCUAAGCACUUCCCGGGACUAGAAAAAUGCUGGGUGUCCACUGAGGACAAGAGAUGUCCUGACAGCAUUGGGCCUAUGCUCUCAGUGGAGAGAGCCCUGCUCUCCACUUUCUGGGGCCCAGACAGCCUCUUUCCGCCGCUCAGCUCUUUUUCAAGGACUUAAGUGGCCUCACUGGCACAGCCCAGGCCCUUCAGUUUUGGCAAGAACUCAGUCACGGCUUCUUAAACUCUGCUUCCUUCCCACCUUCCCAACUCCUGGGUGGGAAUUUCAAACUAACUAUUUGCUGCCUCCUCCAGACCUGCAGAAAUUGGAAUAGUAAUUGAGACAAGCUGGAUGGUCUUCAAGGAAAGUCCUUCUUAUGGGUCCCUUUGUUUCUUCCCCUCUGAGGAGUCACUUUGGUCAGCAAGAGAUCAAGCUGACUCCCAUUUUUGAGAGGAUGCUCCUUCCUGCUUUGCUCUUCCUUCCCUGCAGCUACCUGGAUCCCAGUUCAUAGUGGAAAGGAUCAGUGUCUUUCUACCCCUGGCUCAACAAAGGUAUCUAAAUCUGUUGCUUUUCCUCCUCAUUUCACACAGGAGAAAGAGACCCAGGCACAAUCUUUGUCAGCUUUGCCUGUUACCCCUGUUUCUGAAUCAAAUUUUUGGGGACACUUAUUUUGUUGGAAAAUGCACUUUUUCAGCAGUUGUGCAAUUUCAUCUGUAAGGCAGUAUUCCUCACUUCCCUUUGUGACAUCCCAAAAUGUCUCCUGCUAUCUGAAGUGAUAACUAAAUUUCUAUUUUAAAAAAAGAUUAAUUUUCUUUGUCUUAUAAGUGCAUAUCUUGGUUGAAGGGGGAAGGGGUAAUUAUGAAAGCAAACAAGUGAUUUAGAAUUUCAAAAUGCCAAAAUAGCAGGAGUCUCCAGAUCCCUGAAUAUGAGGAAUUUCAUCUUUGGGGUAAGGACAUGAGACUGACAGAUCUACUGAAAUUUGAUGUGUGGGUGGUAGAAGUGGGGGCUGAUUACCUGGUGAUUCUCUUUACAUCAGGAAAUGAGCCCUUCUUACACAGCUCAAGUUUGGCUCAGAGGAUUAAGGUUUGGUUUUGUUUAGCUCAGCAAUGCUAUCAUUUCUACUGUCAUCACUGGACUAUGUGGUUGGGCAACUCCAUUGCCAUUUGCUCCUGUCCUCCAAAGAAAUUACAUUUUUCAUCAGAGCCCAAGGGAUUAUUUGAGACUCAGGAGUCAGAUGAGAGGUUUGGCUGUGGCUGGGACAGGAGUUGUGUAUAAAAUGCCCCAGGUGGCCUGCUCGCAGAGGGACUGCCAUGGCUGUGUCGAGCAGCCUCUCCCGCUGACCUCUGUCUCUUUUGUGGAUGAAGCAGCACAUGUCAUCCCCAUUCAUCACUCGGAUACAUUGAUUGUACAUUGUCUGUUCACUCGUUCCUCACAGUCUUAUAGCACAAUAUUCCCAGCUUCACCACUCCCAGUCUGAGGUCUGGGCCUGAGGUGUGGUUUGAGGAGGAACUCCUGCCUGCGGCUUUGUGUACGUGUGUAUGUGUGUGUGUGUUUGUGUGUGUGUUUACCUCCACAGGGGAUACUCCACACUCAUCCUAAGAUAUACUGGGAGCAGGGCCACUGCGGGUGGCUGGAUCUCAGUCUCUCUCUUUCCUCCUCCUUUUCCUUUUGAUGUACCAGACAUUUGAUUGACAAAAUAAGGGCCUUGAUUAGGACCAAAUUUCCGUGUCUGUUGCUAUGGUCUUUAUUUAGGACAACAGUUAAAAAUGCAGUGGCCCAUUCUUGUCACUCUAUAUGUAUGACUAUACCGGACAUAUGUAAUAUAUAAAUAUAUAUAAAAAAACAUUACCGUCUGUCCCCUUGGCUUAGGAUGGAGACCUCUCUGUUGAGCUGAAAUGCACCCGCAACUGGGUGCUGCCAGCAACCUGCAGGCCCCAGCCAUGUUCAAGUUAACACAGUCGACAAUAAA